CCAUAUAUAUACCCAUUAACCCAGUCACCUCCCAUAGCAAACGCCACAUUCUUUCCCAUCUGCUUUCUUCUCCUCUACUUUUUUAUUUUCUACUUUUUUAUCUAAAAAUAAAAAGAGAAAAGAAAAGAAAAGAAAACGAUGGAUUAUGGCAGGCUCGGGAAAGCCGAGGCAGGUGGCACCUCCACCCAAAUCCAAACCACCGACCUCGCCCCUAAACCAAAAGUGUCGAAAGUCCGGCUCCUCCUCAUGAUCGCCGCCACACUAAUGGUGGUGUCGGCCGUGUCCGCCGCGGUGGCGGUGGUGAUACGACACAAAGGCGAGUCGAAAGUGCAGAAUCGGCGGCCGUCUCAAGCCAUGUCGAGAGCAUGCAGCCGCACGCUGUACCCAAGUCUCUGCCUGAAUUCGCUCCUCGACUUCCCCGGAGCCCUCACCGCCGACGAGAAAGCCCUGGUCCACAUUUCCCUCAACUUGACUCUCCAAAAAGUCGGCCGCUCGCUCUACGUCUCCUCCGAGAUCACCAACCUCGCCAUGGAUCCUCACGUCAGGUCCGCAUACGACGACUGCCUAGAGCUCCUCGACCACUCGGUGGAUCUCCUCUCUCGGUCCCUCACCUCCGCCGCCGAGCCGCCCGGUUCCACUCAGGACGUCUUGACCUGGCUCAGCGCCGCGCUAACCAAUCAGGACACCUGCAGGGAAGGAUUCGAUGAGCUCAACGGCGACGUCAAGAAUCAAAUGUCCGACAGGAUUAAGGAUUUGUCGGAGAUAGUCAGCAAUUCUCUUGCUAUAUACGCCUCCGCCGGAGGUGAUGACGGUUUCUCCGACAUUCCGAUACAGAAUCGGCGCCGGCGAUUGCUGCGCGACGAGAAAGAGCGCGAGCAGUUUCCGGUGUGGCUGUCGCGGAGAGAACGAUUGCUGCUUGAUAUGCCGGCGUCGGCGAUUAAUGCCGAUAUAAUCGUUUCCAAGGACGGGAACGGGACGUUCAAAACGAUCGCGGCGGCGAUCAAGAAGGCGCCGGAGCACAGCAGCCGGCGAUUUAUCAUCUACGUGAGGGCAGGAAGGUAUGAGGAGAAUAACUUGAAGGUGGGAAGAAAGAAGAUGAAUAUAAUGUUCAUAGGAGAUGGGAAGGGCAAGACGGUCAUUACAGGUGGGAAAAGCGUACAGGACAAGUUGACGACAUUCCACACCGCAUCCUUCGCUGCAACCGGGUCGGGCUUCAUAGCUCGGGACAUAACAUUCGAGAACUACGCCGGGGCGAGCAAGCACCAAGCGGUGGCCCUCCGCGUGGGGGCGGACCACGCGGUGGUGUACCGGUGCAGCGUGAUCGGCUACCAAGACACCCUCUACACACACUCCCAGCGGCAGUUCUACCGCGAGUGCGACAUCUACGGCAGCGUGGACUUCAUCUUCGGCAACGCGGCCGUGGUGUUCCAGAAGUGCAACAUCCAGGCGCGGAAGCCGAUGCCGCAGCAGAAGAACACCAUCACGGCGCAGAACCGCAAGGACCCCAAUCAGAACACGGGCAUCUCCAUCCACGACUGCCGGAUCACGGCCGAGCCGGACCUCGAGGCAUCCAAGGGCCAGUACCCGACCUACUUGGGGCGCCCGUGGAAGCUCUACUCCAGGACUGUUUACAUGCUCUCUUACUUGGGCGACCACGUCCAUCCCAAGGGCUGGCUCGAGUGGAACGGGGACUUUGCGCUCGACACCUUGUAUUACGGCGAGUACAUGAACUAUGGACCGGGGGCCGGGUUAGGGCAGCGGGUCAAAUGGCCCGGAUAUCGCGUCAUCACCUCCGAUGAGGAGGCCGACAAGUUCACCGUCGCCAAGUUUAUAUACGGCUCCUCGUGGCUGCCGGCCACCGGCGUCGCUUUCGUGGCCGGGCUCUCCACUUGAAACUUGAAACACUAAUUAAAAUAUAAACUCUCAUAUAGUAACCCAUUAUAAUUGAAUCUAAUUCUUGCUUUCAUAGGGUCUGGGAAAGUGUUGCAAUGAUCCAGCACCAAUAAAAGUGGGUGUUACGAAAUGUAAUAAUGGUAUUACACAUUGAUGCAUGAAAUUGUAAUCCGAAUUUGAUAGUGUAUAUGUGAUUGAUUAAUGUUGAGAA